AUGCUGUACCUUUUCUCAACCUUCAUCGCGUUUGUCGUUACCGUAACCAGUGCCGGAAACUGCCCUCCCGGUGCCGUCGAUUACAGCGAGGGCCAAGAAUGCCUGCUCGGCAUCAACGCACCUGCUGAAUACGCGGCAGCCGCGCAGACGUGCACAAUGCUCGGCGGACGGCUCGUGCAGCCGAGAAAUUCCUUGGAAAACGUUUUGGCGGGCUCGCAGAGUAUUGAGGCGCUGCACGGUCAGGCGGCGUUCCUGGGCGUGCGUCGCAUCAAUGGCGUCUGGCGCUACGCCGACGGCACCGCGUUGGCGUAUCAGAACUGGAAAAAUGGAACCGGACUCGCCGGUCAGGAUUGCGCCACGUUCCGCGGCAACGACCUUUCGUGGUACCCGGACCUGUGUACCGGGGUUCGACCUUUCAUCUGCUCGUUCUCCGACCAGCUGACUAACGGUACCCACGGCUGCCCCUCCGGAUGGAAAUACUACCGUUUCACCCAAUCCUGUUAUUAUGCGCCGCCGUGGAACUUUGCGGCCCCGGUCUCUCUCACCCUGAAUGAUGGCGCGGCGCGAUGCCGCAGUGUUGGGGCGGACCUGGCGUCGAUUCACAGCGAAAAGGAGAACCGCUUUAUUAACGAGAUGGUGUGGUCGGUGCGCGAGAACUGGGACGUGACGUGUUCUCAAACUCAGGGGGCCAGGUAUCUGAUAGCAAUUAUCGGAAGCUGUCCUCCCGGUGCCGUUGAAUACAACGAGGGCGAAGAAUGCCUCCUCGGCAUCAAUGCACCCACCAACUACUGGGGAGCCGCGUCGACAUGCGAGAUGCUGGGCGGACGUCUCGUGCAGCCGACGAGUGCCCUCGAAAAUAUUUUGGCCGGCUCCCAGGGAAUUCAAACCCUCAACGGACAAUCAGCGUACAUCGGCGUCGCGCGUAACAAUGGCGUCUGGCGCUACUCCGACGGAACCCCGCUCGUUUAUCAGAACUGGAAAAAUGGAACCGGACACCCCGGUGAGGACUGUGCGGCGUUCGGCGCAAGCGACCUGUCAUGGUACCCCGGCACCUGUGCCACUUUUCAUCCCUUCAUCUGCUCCUUUUCGAACCAGCUGACCAACGGUUGCCCGGCUGGCUGGAAAUACUACAGAUUCACCGAUUCCUGUUACCACGCGUCGGCAUGGAACUUUGCGGACCCGGCCCUGCUGCCGCUGAGUGUUGGCGUCACGCGGUGCCGCAAUGUUGGAGCGGACCUUGUGUCAAUCCACAGCGAAAGGGAGAAUCAUUUUGUCCAUGUGCUGGCGUGGACGGUGCGCGAGAACUGGAACGUCACGCGGUGCACCGCGGCUUCGUCGAAUAUGUUCGUGAUCGGGCUAGCCUUCAAUGGACGGGACACGGAAGUACCUGAAUGGACGGACGGCGCAGCUUACGACUAUACCGCCGUCGACCGCGCUGGACUGGCUUCAUACGGUGUCUACAACGAUCCGAUUUGUAGCAGCACCCGCAGUUGGUAUGGGGCUGCGGCAGGCAAAUUUGGUGGCUACAUCUGUAAGAAGAAGGCGAUCGUCGCCGGUGCCGGACCAUCACUUGAGGAAAAGCUCGCGAGGAUUGAAAAAUUGGCCACCCGGGCCAGACUGAACAACAUUCCCUUCGUGCCGCCAAACUCGCUU